UUAUUUCUCGGGUUUGCUGCCAGCACUAUGAAUCCAUUGCUCCAGGGGCCAUUUUUCCUGUUUUUUUUUCUAAUUAUUUUUUUAAUUAGCUAGGACAGAGAGAAAUUGAGAGAGGAGGGGGAGAUAAAGAAGUGGAAGGAAAGAAAAACAUCUGUAGACCUGUUUCACUACUUGUGAAGUGGCCCCCCUACAGUUGGGGAGACUUGAACCCAGGUCCUUGAGCUUGAUAAUAUGUGCACUUAACCAGGUGCUCCAUCACCCCGUCUCCCUGCUUUGAAAACCUUUUCCUAUCCCAAUAUCUGAUCCCUUCUGUUUGCUUCUAGUUGUCUGCCUCAGGGCAAAGAACAAACAUUUCUUCCUUCUUUCCUUUCUUUUUUUUCUUCUCAAAAAGAAAUUAGAGAUCACAAUGUAAUCAAGCCCUUACUUAUCUAGAAUGAAUCUUUCUCAUUGCAGAUUAGCUCUCCAGCUGUCUACGUGUUGAGUUCAAGGUACUCAUCUAGCAGUACAAUAGUUCAGACCAGCCAGAACCUGGAAAGAUGGUAUCACAGUCUACAGGCCAGCGGGAGUCUCUUCUGCAUCCCUGGGAAGGGGAGAUCAGUGAUGACUCUGGUCAUAGCGAUGGUCUUCCCAGGCCGCUGCACCCUGGACAUGGCACUUGUCAAUCAGACUUUAGGUUCACAAGGCACAGGGCUGCCUGGGUUAACCCUUAUUGUGCACAGCAACCAUUGCAGGAUUUGCCCGAGCAGGUACCAAUGGCAAGUAACAGGGAGAGCCAUUUUGAAAGAGACAUUGCCUCUCCUUUGGACCCUCCACUGUUGUCCUAUGGGAACUGUGUAGUGGAGACAUCACUGUGCAAGGACUCUGCAGACUCCACGGGCAGCUCCUCAGAUCCUGACUCAGGGGCAAAGAGCGGCCACUUUUCUCUGACCUCCACGGAAGAGCAGGUGGUAUUACCAAGAUGCUCUUCAAAGACGUCUCUGUUCACAAGUUCCAAGAUGUUGGCCACAUCCCCAUGUCCCAAGACUUUCAGUGACCUUUCCUUCCCUUCCCACUGGACAUUAUCUACUAAUGAAGAUGCUGUCCAGGACAGUAAAAGAACCAUUUCUUUGAAUUCCUUCUCUCCAAAGACCUUUGCACUCCCUGUUGAUGUGGAAAAGGAAAAUGCCCACUUUUAUGCUGCAGAUAUGAUUAUAGCAGCAAUGGAGAAAAUCAAGUAUAAUUUUCUGAGUCAACAGCACACAGAGAACUGGAGUCUCAAAGAAGCUAGUGGAUUACCUGGGAAUGACCAGACUGACUCUGAAGUGAUCUGUCCUACCAAUGCAAAGCAAGAAUCUGGGUCUUCUGCUUCUUCAGACAGUGGCUAUGAAGGUUGUGCUGUAUUACAGUUGAGCCCUUUGGUUGAAAUGCCUACUCCUGAUGUGGUGAAAGAGGCUUGCAAUUCUGACUUUGAAAAAUUUGUUAUUUUAGAACUUGGAGAGUUUACUGAUACCACUGAGAUGUGUGGAAGUUCCUGUAGCCCCUCUAAGAAGUAUCUGCCUUUCAUGUCCACCAGUGUCACUUACAAGCCGGACUUCAAUUCUGCUGAGACAAUAGCCAAAGAGUUGUACCAAGUAUUCCGGAAGUGCUGGAUGUUGUCAGAAAUUAAUGAUCAGCAUGCAGAUUUCCCUAGUGGAGCCAGCUCAGUAGUUGUAAACAAAGAACGUGUACAAAAAGACUUUGUUUCCAGUGUGGAUGUGGUACAGGAAAUUAAGUUUAAGUCUAGAAUUAGAGGGACUGAAGAUUGGGCUCCUCCUAGGUUUCAACUCAUAUUUAAUGUCCAUCCAGCAAUCAAGAGGGACCUUGUGAUAGCAGCCCAGAACUCUUUCUGUGCAGGCUGUGGAACUCCAAUAGAACCUAAGUUUGUGAAGCGGCUCCGGUACUGCGAAUACCUGGGCAAGUAUUUCUGCGACUGCUGCCACUCCUAUGCUGAGUCCUGCAUCCCUGCUCGCAUCCUAGUGAUGUGGGACUUUAAGAAGUACUACAUCAGCAAUUUCUCCAAACGGCUGCUGGACAGCAUCUGGCACCAGCCCAUUUUCAAUUUGCUGAACAGGAGCCAUAAUUUGUAUGCAAAGGCCAAAGAACUGGACCGAGUGAGGGAGACCCAGGAGCAGCUUUUCCACGUCAAGAAGCUGUUGAAGACAUGCAGGUUUGCUGAAAGUGCACUAAAGGAGUUUGAGCAGGUGCCCAGACACUUGACGGAUGAGCUUCACCUGUUCUCCCUGGAUGACCUGGUCAGGGUCAAGAAAGGAUUGUUGGCACCCUUACUCAAGGACACUCUGAAAACUUCCCUCACCCACGUGUCCAGCUGUGAGCUGUGUCAAGGAAAGGGCUUCAUUUGUGAAUUUUGUCAGAGUGCUGCUGUCAUUUUCCCAUUUCAGACUGCAACCUGUAGAAGAUGUUCAGCUUGCAGGGCUUGCUUUCACAAAGAGUGUUUCCAGUCCUCCCAGUGCCCCCGGUGUGCAAGGCUUAUGGCUCGGAGAAGAGUUGUGGAAGGUCUGCCCUCUGCAGCAACAUGAUGCCCUGAGUGUUGUGAAAAAGACUGUUCAACACACCUUACCAUGACACCAAUUGAGGUCUAUUGUCAAUCACAUUGUCUUAGACAUUGGAUAUGGCGCAUUAUGGAAAAUGAUGGCCCAUUUUCUCUGUUUAAAAAGAAUGCACUUUCUACUAAGCUUGGGUUGUCAUGGAUGGGUUUGUUGUCAAAUAUUCAGUAUUUUUGCUGCUACUGUUUUGUAAAGUUUUUUUAUACUCCUUAUUGUAUUUGUAUAACUGUGUGGAGCUUAUGUUUGAGCCUGUUUCAUGAGUGGUAACUGACAAGAUAAAUUACUCAGUUCCUCUUCCUGUAAAGUUUGUGUUGUGAAAUAGAUUUGUAUUUCAGUGGUAAAAAAAUGCAUCCAAAAAUCUGUCUUCUCAGGGUCUUUUCCUCUGAUUCACUAUACAUUUUGUAGUUGUAUCCUUUACUCAUCCCAAGGUAUUUUUGCAAACUUUACUCAUCCCAAGGUUCAUAUAGAGAGUACAUAUUAUUUCUGCAGUUAACAUUGUUUUCAAGAAGAGUUUGAGUGACUAAGGUAUAGUUUGAAGUAGUUGCCACAUACUUCCAGGUGUCACAAGCCAAACCUGUGCUUGUCAUC